AUGGAUACAGAAGUAGUCAAGGCUUUCAACGCUGAGCUAACGUCAGUAUAUGAUUCGAAGCCACCUUUGAGCAAGAAGAAAAUUCAAGACAUUGCCAGAGCAGCUCUGAAAGCCAAGGGGUACUACAAACAUGUUGUGUUUAGCGUGGAGAAAUUCCUCGCUAAGUAUAAAAUACCAUGUUUAUAUGUCAUCGAUAGCAUUAUUCGUACUUCGAAACAUCAACUGAAAGAAAAGGACGUCUUCGCAGCUCGAUUUCUGAAAAACUUCUCAAAAACCUUGUCUGAUCUUCUUGCAUGUCCAGUUGUAGAUCAGGUAAGUGGAGGACAACUUCUCAGCAACUCAUUUUAUUCCUCCCGUGAAUACUGCAUUAGUAAUCGUAGUUGCUCGUUAUUUUUUGUGGCCAUUGCCGGUGUUGCCGAUGUCAGUCGUAUAAAUCUCAUCGGAUCGCGAGCUUGUGCCUAUGCCGCUAUGAGCUCGAGAAAAGGUGCUUUCGAUGUGUUGCAGCGCUUUGCAGGAGAUCUGCAAAUCGCAAGGAAGAAUGUGAAGGUGGACUGGGCUAAAGGAAGUGGAAUGAAGGAAAAUGAGCUCGCAAAAUAUUGGGACGGCGAGCGCGGGAUCUCAUUGAUCCCCUGGGAUCAGCUUCCGGAAAAUUUGGAACGAUUCUGUGAAGGCUCUUAUCUUGACGUAGAGUCAUUGCCGCCAGACAAGAGAAGUAAGUUGUUCAUCAGGAUGUUUUUNGGGGGGGGGGGGGGGGGGGGUGUUGGGGGAAUGUUUGGCAUGGGUGGUGGAGGAGGACCUGGUCAUGGAAUGAUGAUGCCACCACCAGGACCAAUUCCACCUCCUUCAGGAGUGCCUCCACCUUCGUCCAUGCCGUCGGCAGUGCCUCCCCCCGCAUCAAUGCCUCCGCCGAUUCCUGGAGUUUCAGGAGUGCCGCCGGGUCCAACUCCGUUGAGACCGCCAUCACAAAUGCCAGGACCUCCUGGUUUUCCUGGGCCUCAUAUGCCACCAGGUCAGGGCGGCCCUCCCAAUUUCAACGCACCAGCAAGAGGAGGAUUCGGUGGAGGGUUUAGAGGUCAGAGGCACAGUUGCUGUGAUUUUAUAAUUUUUGCUUUCAUUUGUUUUCUUUUCAGGAGGUCGUGCAGGUUUUGA